AUCAUACUACAUGUGCAGCUGAAGACGAAUACUUAAAGAACAUCCUUCUCAGGGUGCACACACAACGGCUGCAGAGAGCGAAGAAUAAGAAUUAUCGGUGGUGGUUUGACAUCAUCGAAAAUUCAAUUUACUGCGUUCCAAAUCCAAUUUACUGCGUUCCACUGUGUAUCUAACAUUCUUUUUCCACAAACGUUUCACGAGAGAAAAAAUCGUCCGACGCCGAUAAACAAAGUCGAUAUUCUAAUGACACCUAAAGGUGAGGAAAUAAAGUCUGAGAUUUCAAGUCCCGCAGACUUCGAACGAGCAAUUAUAGCAACAGGAUAUGGAAAAUUUAAUUAUUUGCUAUUACUGGCGGUGCUACCGGCUAGUUUCUCCAGUAUCUUUUCAUCGUCAGCAAUGUCCUACGUGUUACCAUCAGCCGAAUGUGAUCUUCAAUUAACGAUGUUCGACAAGGGGCUGUUGAAUUCGAUGGCAUUUGCAGGAAUGAUUAUUACGGCAUUCUUCUGGGGUUGUGUUACUGACAUGUUCGGUCGUAAGAAAAUAAUGUUCUACGGUUACCUGCUUACUGGUCUACUAAGUGUGGCGACGUGUUUUUCACAUAGAUCUUGGCAUUUAAUAACGUUCAAAUUUUUUGACGGUAUGAUCAUAUCCGGUCCAUAUGCGGCACUUAUGUCAUAUUUAGCGGAAAUACACAACGAAGUACAUCGAUCAAGAUCGUACAUGUGGCUUGGCGUGUUCUUCUCGCUUGGAAACAUUUCUUUGCCAUGUAUAGCAUGGCUUAUAAUACCUCAAAAGUGGUACAUCACAUUUUUAAAUGAUACAUUGGAGAUAGCUUCCUGGAGAAUGUUCUUAGUCAUUUGUUCGCUGCCCGAAUUUUUAGCAUGCAUAGCUCUUUUUGCUUUUCCAGAGAGUCCGCGUUUCCUUAUUUUAAAAGGUCGACAUGACGAGGCAUUGAAUGUCUUCAAAAAAAUUUACUCACUCAAUACUGGCAAGGAUCCUAAUACAUAUCCGAUAAAAAGUUUAGAGGAUGAAUAUUCCAUUGAAUCAUGCGGAGAACGUAUACAGGACAAGCUGAAGAAUUGUUACAAACUGAUAAAGCCACUCUUCUUACGACCCAAUGUCUUUAGAUUGAUACUCAUAUCAAUGAUACAGCUUGGAGCAACAAUAGGGUCGAAUUCGCUCCGACUUUGGAUGCCCCAGCUGUUUGCAAUGAUUGAGAAUUACAAAAGUACUGUCAUGAAGAAGAACAAUAAUCACAUGUCAGGUUUACAGCCUUCAUUUUGUUAUAUGUUAACUCAGGAAAAGUCAUAUCUUAAUUCCACGCAUUAUGCCAACAAUAUAAUAAGCAAUUCUACGGCUGUAUGCGUUCCGGCGGAGUUGAAUUCCAGAGUCUUUAUCAAUUCCAUUGUCAUCGCCAUAACAGGUGUUAUCGGUUAUACUGUAGCUGGUUCUCUGAUAACUGUGAUUGGAAAGAGGAAGUUAAUGGCAAUUUGCUUCAUUAUCGCUGCUAUUUGUUGCGGUUCAUUGUACUGGGCAGAAAAUACUAAUGGUAUUCUCGGAUUGUCUUCGGUAUUUGUUGCCAUGACGAGUAUAGGUGGUGCAACUGUUGUUAACAUUAUUGUUGAUAAUUUUCCUACAUAUCUAAGAACCAUGGCGGUUAGUAUAACCAUGAUGAUGGGAAGAAUUGGCGCAGUAAUCGGUAAUCUAUUGUUUCCGGUUUUACUCAAUCUAUUCUGUUUAGGACCGUUUGUUAUGAUCGGUUUAGCCUCUUUAGUAUCUGCACUUCUGGUUGCUAUUCUACCCCGAAAAACAACGCAAGAUGACAAACCGAAAGAUAUUGUUUAAUCUUUCUGGUUACAUACAACGUUGAUUUCUUUAUUUGCUUUAUUAUUUGUCGAAAAGUCAACAUGUAAAUAUAUUUCCGCACAAUUUAAUAAUUGUCGUCGUUCUUUUAUAUCCGCGCUAUAUCUUCCAUAUUAUGUAAAUAUAUACAUACAUACUACUCAUCUAAUAAAUAAGGCCUAUAUACUCCCACCUAUUGUGUUCUAUAUAUGUGUACAUAAUAUAAACGAUCAUGCGAUCAUACAAUAU